GGGUGGAUCACCUGAAGUGUAUCAAUAAGAAGCUAAACCCAUCCCCUGCUUUAAACUCUCAGUUUCACAAACUCACAAGAGCUUGACAUAAUCUUUCAGAGCAAGGAGAGGGCGGAACAAAAAACAAUGGUUGUAUUACCAGUUUUGUUCCUGCUGGGGUCACUGUUUCUCUGUGGUCGUGUGGAGGCCCAGUCCUCCUCCACCGCUGACAUGCUGAAACAGGCUGCACUCCAGUGGAAGGGGCCGCUGACCUGUGACAAGUGGGACUGCAACUGCACUUUCACGCGCCAGCGAGGCUGCUGCUGUGCCGCCAAUGAAAUGCACCAAGUAGAAGAAGAAGCCUUCGUGAGGGUUAUGCAUUUGUGGCACAACAUCAUGUCGCUGAAUCAAAGAGUAAAGACGCUCGCAGAUAACAGCAAAGUUGCCUUCACGGCCACCAUGGACCCAAACAUCGCUAUCGCUAUUAGUGGAUCUACUGAACGUUGCUUUGGCCCAUUCAACACUAACGCACCGAUCCCCUUUGGCACUGUCAGUCUUAACAAUGGCAAUGGAUAUAACCCCUCCUUGGGUGUCUUCACCGCCAUUCGCGCUGGCGUUUAUGUCUUCUCUUUCACGACCUACUCAUCCGUGGGACAGAACGGGCGCCUCUACCAUAAGGUGCAGCUGAUGAAGAACGGGGUGCUGGCGGUCAGCGUGUGGGAGAACAACCGAGAGGACGGCGAGGACAGCGCGACUCAGGUUGUCACACUGGCGAUGCAGAAAGGCGAUCAGGUCUACCUGGAGCUGAUGUCCGGGAGGAAGCUCUGCACAGACCUGCAGUACAAUAUCUUUACUGGGUACAUAUUGUACCCCUACAAUGAGGAGUAACUCACCAGCUGGAUAUCCACGCAAACCUUCCAGACCCAGGCCCUACGACGAAUCCAUUUGUCCUCACACAACUGAAAUUAAAAACUAGUGGUCUCUGCUACACAUUGACUAAAUAAAUGUAGGUUCGUGUGGGACCUAUAGCUUCAGAACCCCUGCAGUAGAUAUAACGUCUGUUGUGAUCAUAUGUAAAGAAACACACACACACGUGCUGCGUGUUUGGAAAUAUUUGCGUCACACCGACAGUGACAGUCUCUGUAAAGAGAUAAUAAAAGGUUAUUUGACAGGG